AUGGACUUUUCCCAGAGUGGUCUUCCGACAUUUCGGCAGAAAGCACCCGUUCCAAGCCCCAUAGAUGACUCGAUCGUCGGGAGCAAUGCGGACAAUAUUGGUGGAAGCUCGAGAUGCCCUCACUUUGCUGGAUUUCUGAGUGUUUGCCUCAGUGGAGACACCGAUCUGGGCCUACACCCAUUCAUCACCAAUAUUCUCCCCACAUUUGAAGAUGUAACAAUCGGUGGCGGGUCUUUCGAUGUCAGAAAAGUCAAAACUUCAUCAUUCUUGAGCGGCCUGGGGGAGGGCAUUCUUAAAGGGCGGGACUUCGUCAUUGUCAAGCAUCCCAAAGCCAGCUUCGCAACAGCACAAGGCGACGGCGGUGCAUUCGCGGACGCGGCCACUGAGCUGCAGAUUCUACGCCACCCGCCUUUGAAAGGACACGACAAUAUCAUUGAACUGUUGGCUGUCAUGUAUCAUGACACUGGGGAGCCCUUGCCCGGCGUACCACGCAUAAUGCCCGCUCUGGUCCUUGAAUAUGCAGAGCACGGAAGCCUGAAAACGUUCCAGGAACAGGGCGGCGGUUCAUCAUUUGUUGACCAAAUUCAAAUUGCUAUCGACACUGCUCAAGGCCUCAAGGCGCUGCAUGACUGCGGUAUUAUUCACGGCGACGUGAAGCCUUCCAACCUUCUGGUCUGCAGGCACGAGACCAGGAGCUUCAUCGUCAAACUUUCCGAUUUUGGAUUUUCACUCUCCAGUGGUGAUACCCAUAUUAUCGGACACUCGGAGUUCUUCUGUGCUCCUGAGUCAUACGGAGAGAACAUUCGUCCGCCCUACUUAGAGCAGCUGGAUAUUUACUGCUAUGGCCUCACUUUGCUCACCAUCUUCGAAUCAGGUUCGGCCUUCUAUGACAGCUUUCCCACUGAAGGACUCGAGGAUAAUCUAAGAAAGAUGAAGUCCUCGGGUAUCAUGUCAACCUUCAUCCCCUUGCGCGUACUCAAUAGCCAUCAAAAUGAUGAUCUACCUCUGAUGAUACUCUGUAAAAUAUGGCGCUACAGUUUGCAAGCAUCUCCCAGCAGACGAUUUCAAUCCAUGGAUCGGAUCUUGAGUCUACUUGAAGUUUUGAGACAUGCAGCAAGCUCUCUCGAAUCUGCCCCUUCGGAUUCUGGGGAUGGUCCCCCGGUACAACGAGCACUCGACUCACUUCAGGAGCUCACUUCCAAGACUCCUAUCAUCCAGGGGACACCGGCGGAUGUGUUUUCUACCGUUUGCCACAGGCUCGCGGAAGGAGUUAUCGGAAACCUCCAGCCGGGCUCUGGAUCGGUUAGAAUGCCGGCAAUUGAUGCUAAGAAACUCCACGAUACUACUGCACAGGUAGUCCAGAUUCUUCUCCUCAUAAACAAAACAGCUAUGCAGGGCGAUAGCUUUGGGAAUUCUCUCUAUAAUCUCAUUGAGAAGCGGGUUAUGGGUGGCCUUGUUAAGGCAUGCGGUGGAGCCCGAGAUCAACAAGAGAGCACUGAGGUUUCUGUCAAGUCUUUCGUCUCGUUCUUAGUCGACCUGACAGGCCUGACACCCGACCCAGGUUCUAUUUCAGAGCAAGAGUCGGCGGUAAGCUCCCAGCAACUAAUGGUCCAUGACAAACUCAACUUUCGACGUGGCUUAGACUUCAUUCCCGAUCUGCGAAAUACUGCCGGUAUUUACCAAAAGAUGCCCAAGCGCAUCCAGAAAGACCUCGUUCAGAGCUUGGAGUCCAUCUGCUCCACCUCCACCAACGACAAGCUAAGAGCUGCUGCUGCAUUCAGCAUUGCUGUUGCUCACGUCAAUGGUGUUGGAGUUCGUUUCGACAUUAAUACGGCUAAUGACUUCCUACUCCGUGCCGCGAAAUGGGGCCACGAGCAAGCACAGACAACGCUCAUCAACAUUUUCGACCAUCAAGGACCCCCAGAUGCUACGGUACCUUUGGGCCUGUGGGUCGAUUGGCUCAAAAGAACCGCUGAAUUAGGCAGUGACACGGCACUCGAAAAGCUGAAAGCGGCAUCAGCUUCGUCUUGGAGAUCAGCUCAGGAAGUAAGCCAGACGAGGCGUUUGGAAUCCGAGGGCUUUGGUCUCCUUCAGUCACAGCAGGCAGUCGUUGACGGGCAAUGUGAGGGACAGCUUUCCACAUCGCAGUCACUGGUAUUGGCCAUAAUCCACGAAAGGGGCGACAUGGUGGAAGAACUCAUCCGCAACAAUCCCCAGUUGCUCAACCAGCCAGUCUCGCAAGCUGGUGAAAGCCCACUGCUAGUUGCAUGUAGACUUGCCCGAGUGGAUAUCGUCAAGCUGCUGGUCAACAAGCAAGUAGAUGCCAGCAUAGGAGACACCUCGGGUAUCUACGUCCGUGGACAUGUGUCGUUUGCCGAUGACCCUCCCUUGGAUCACUUUGCUGCCGUGCGCGGUGUGAAUCUCGCCGUUACGCAUGUUCAGUUCUUCGCCAACAAAUUAUUCUUCACGAUUGUCUCGAAGGAACAACUCCUAGCAACUAUUCUGGCUCGCGUUCCCCAGUUCCCUAUGAUGAGUGCCCUCGACGACCCCGAGCUGCGGCCUCUGCUGUCGAUAACGCCGCCUCCUCCAUCGCCUGUCUCGUCAGCUAGCGCUCCAAAGAACUCGGUUUCGUCGGGGAAGCCCUCGAUUUCGGAGGCAGAACUCGCAACGGGAAACACACACCCAUCGAGAUCAAUUGAAGACGAUGUCCUCCCGGAAGCUUCGACUCUCGGACGCACGCUCACCUGGCAGAGCGCCUACAUUCUGGUGAUCUCAAGGGUGAUCGGAAGCGGCAUAUUUGCCACUCCAGGUGCAAUCCUCCGAUCUGUGGGCAGUCCUGGUCUGUCUCUUUUACUUUGGCUCGUCGGAGCCCUCAUCGCAGCCUGUGGGCUGAUGAUAUCCUUGGAGUUUGGGUCGAUGCUACCACGGUCCGGCGGGGAUAAGGUCUACUUGGAAUUCACUUAUCGUCGACCGCGGUUUUUGGCAUCAACCCUCGUCGCUAUUCACGUCGUCCUCCUAGGAUUUACCGCCAGUAACUGUAUUGUCUUCAGCGAAUAUCUUUUGUUUGCUUUGGGAGGUGACAAUCCAAGCGGUUUACUUCGCAAAGCGCUCGCCGUUGGGCUUCUUACGACGGUCACCUUCAUUCACGGAUGUGUACCUCGACUAGGGAUCAAGCUUCAGAACUUCUUGGGCUGGGUGAAGGUGGGCCUCGUCGUGUUCAUGAUUGUCUGUGGGUUCUAUGUUGUGCUCUUUGCGCCAUCGACAGAAUCGGCUCAAACGACGAUGCCGAUCAUCUCCUGGGAGAACCUGUGGGAAGGCACGAAUUGGAACUGGGGUAUUAUAUCCACCUCAAUGUUCAAAGUGUUCUACUCUUACGCUGGUCUCGACAACGCCAACCUUGUUCUCAACGAGGUGAAAGACCCAGUUCGCACGCUGCGGUCUGUGACUGUGGCGGCAUUGACGACGGCUUGUGGAAUGUACCUACUCAUCAACGUAGCGUACUUUCUCGUUGUUCCCAUUGAUGAAAUCAAGCAAAGCGGCGAGUUGAUUGCAGCGUUGUUCUUUGAACGGAUAUUUGGGCAAGGUGUUGGCCGAACUAUCUUACCACUUGCUGUUGCACUGAGUGCUGGAGGAAAUGUUCUUGUGGUCGCAUUCGCUCAGGCUCGACUGAAGCAAGAGAUUGCUCGGCAAGGAUUCCUCCCCUUCUCCGAUAUUCUUUCAUCCACAAAGCCGUUCAACUCACCUUUAGGUGGUCUCUUGGUUCACUAUAUCCCGUCAUUCCUGGUCAUUGCGCUUCCUCCCUCUGGUGAAGUCUACUCCUUCAUUCUAGAGGUUGAGGGUUAUCCAGGCCAGUUUAUGGCAUUGGCAGUGGGAGGCGGCAUUCUAUGGUUAAGGUUCAAGCGACCCGAUCUCAAGAGACCAUUCAAGGCUUGGGUUCCGGCUGUGAUUCUGAGAAUCAGUCUGAGUCUGGCUCUGCUAGCCGCACCAUUCUUUCCACCCAAAGUUAAGCCGUCUAACGGCUUAUUCUACGCAACAUACGCGAUCGUUGGCGUCAGCAUCUUGGGUGCCGGCGUGGUUUACUGGUACGUCUGGACCAUUUUGGUCCCGCAUUGGAGAGGCUACAGGAUUGAAGAGAAGGAAGAGGUGCUUGGCGAUGGGACAGCGAUUACCAAACUUGUUCAUACUUCAAUAGACUGA